CUGUGCUUCACUCGCUCACUUACUUGCCCCUCGCCAAAAAUCCUUUCUCGAAACUUUUUUUCUCUUCUGUAGAUACUCUGAUCAUAUACAAUGACGGAUACCACAGACGAUAUAGCGGAGGAAAUCUCGUUCCAGAGCUUCGAUGAUGACUGUAAGUUGCUCGGAAAUAUGCUCAACGAUGUCUUGCAGAGAGAAGUAGGAAGCGAUUUCAUGGAGAAGCUCGAGAGGAAUCGAGUUCUCGCUCAGAGUGCUUGCAAUAUGCGGCUGGCUGGGAUAGAGGAUACAGCAGAGCUGCUAGAGAAACAGUUGGCAACAGAGAUAUCAAAGAUGACAUUAGAGGAAGCUUUGACACUGGCUCGGGCAUUCAGUCAUUAUCUCAAUUUGAUGGGAAUUGCUGAGACUCAUCAUCGGGUUCGUAAGGGACGAAGUGUUACACAUCUGUCAAAAUCUUGUGAUGACAUUUUCAGCAAAUUGGUGCAGGGUGGAGUUUCCCCAGAUGACCUCUACAACACUGUUUGCAACCAGGAGGUUGAGAUUGUUCUUACUGCACAUCCCACUCAAAUCAAUCGUCGUACCUUACAAUAUAAACACAUGAGAGUAGCACAUCUUUUAGACUAUAAUGACCGACCUGAUCUUGGUCAUGAAGAUCGAGAAAUGCUAAUUGAAGAUCUGGUGAGAGAGAUAACAUCCAUAUGGCAGACAGAUGAACUUAGACGCCAUAAACCUACACCAGUAGAUGAAGCUAGGGCUGGCUUGAACAUUGUGGAGCAAUCCCUUUGGAAAGCUGUACCUCAUUACUUACGACGUGUCAGCAAUGCUCUAAAGAAACAUACGGGAAAGCCACUUCCACUCAGAUGCACUCCGAUAAGGUUUGGGUCUUGGAUGGGGGGUGAUAGAGAUGGAAAUCCAAAUGUCACAGCAAAGGUGACAAGAGAUGUUGCUCUUUUAUCUAGGUGGAUGGCCAUUGAUCUUUAUAUCCGAGAAAUUGAUGGUCUCAGAUUUGAGCUGUCCAUGAGUCAAUGCAGUGAUAGGUUGUUUAGAUUGGCUCAUGAAAUUCUAGAAAAAGAAACUUCAUCAGAUGAUCGUCAUGAGAGUUUGACUCAACCUUAUGGUCGAAAUCAACUGAAGUUUCAUGGCCAUCAGACUUCAUCCCUUCCUACCCAACUUCCUCCUAGAGCAGAUCUACCUGCCUGCACUGAUUGCGAUGAUGGCGAAUCUCUCUAUCCCAAACUGGAACUUCCUCGGACUGAUUACAUGCCCUUGAAUCGCCAGGAUGGUAAGGGAUUGUUGGGCUCAGAAACCAGACAAAAUAUAAGCAAAUCAUUUGCCAAUGGAAGUACUUCUCCACAGUCAGCUGCAGGGCAAAGGGGGUCUUUCUCACCUAGUCAACUUGUUGCUCAAAGGAAACUAUUUGCAGAAUCUAAAAUAGGAAGGUCCAGCUUCCAUAAGCUUCUUGAGCCGAGCUUGCCUCAAUUUCCUGGAAUUGCUCCUUACCGAAUUGUUCUUGGAAAUGUGAAAGAAAAGCUUAUGAAGACACGAAGACGGCUGGAACUUCUUCUUGAGGAUCUUCCUUGCGAAUGCGAUGCUUGGGAUUACUAUGAAACAACAGAUCAACUUCUAGAACCACUGCUUUUAUGCUAUGAGUCCCUGCAAUCAUGCGGUGCCAGUGUUCUAGCUGAUGGUAGACUUGCUGACCUGAUCCGCAGAGUUGCUACCUUUGGGAUGGUGUUAAUGAAGCUUGACUUGCGACAGGAAUCUGGGAGGCAUGCUGAAACGCUAGAUGCUAUUACCAGAUAUUUGGAUAUGGGAACUUACAGUGAAUGGGAUGAAGAGAAAAAAAUUGAAUUUUUAACAAGAGAACUGAAAGGGAAGCGACCUCUUGUUCCUCCUUCUAUAGAAGUUGCUCCUGAUAUUAAAGAAGUCUUAGAUACCUUCAGAGUUGCUGCUGAGCUGGGGAGUGAUUCUCUUGGAGCUUAUGUGAUUUCAAUGGCAUCAAAUGCAAGUGACGUCCUUGCUGUGGAGCUUUUGCAGAAAGAUGGCCGACUUGCAGUUAGUGGUGAGUUUGGUAGACCAUGCCCUCCUGGAACGCUUCGGGUGGUUCCUCUAUUCGAAACAGUCAAGGACCUUAGAGGAGCUGGUUCAGUGAUUAAGAAAUUGUUAUCAAUAGAUUGGUACCGGGAGCACAUCAUAAGGAACCAUAAUGGGCAUCAAGAGGUGAUGGUUGGAUAUUCUGAUUCUGGUAAAGAUGCUGGGCGCUUCACUGCUGCCUGGGAACUUUACAAGGCCCAAGAGGAUGUUGUUGCUGCUUGCAAUGCAUUUGGUAUUAAAGUGACCCUGUUCCAUGGCCGAGGAGGGAGUAUUGGUCGUGGUGGUGGCCCAACAUAUCUUGCCAUACAGUCCCAACCGCCUGGUUCUGUAAUGGGUACUCUUCGUUCAACAGAGCAAGGAGAGAUGGUGCAGGCAAAAUUUGGUUUGCCACAGACUGCUGUUAGACAGCUAGAGAUAUACACAACUGCUGUGCUCCUUGCAACCCUACGUCCGCCUCAACCACCCCGAGAAGAAAAAUGGCGUAAUCUCAUGGAGGAGAUUUCGAAAAUCAGUUGCCAGAGCUACCGAAGCACCGUAUAUGAAAACCCAGAGUUCCUUGCCUACUUCCAUGAGGCUACACCACAAGCCGAACUGGGCUUUCUUAACAUAGGUAGCCGCCCCACAAGAAGAAAGGGCUCAACUGGAAUUGGACAUCUUCGUGCUAUUCCAUGGGUAUUUGCAUGGACCCAGACUAGAUUUGUCCUUCCAGCCUGGCUCGGUGUUGGAGCAGGUUUAAAGGGUGUUUGUGAGAAGGGGCACACAGAAGACUUGAGAGCAAUGUACAAAGAAUGGCCCUUUUUCCAGUCUACCAUAGAUCUUAUAGAGAUGGUUUUAGGGAAGGCAGACAUUCCAAUCGCCAAGCAAUAUGAUGAAGUGCUUGUGUCUGAGAGCAGGCGUGAACUCGGCGCUGCAAUGAGGGGGGAGCUUAUGACAACAGAAAAGUAUGUAUUGGUGGUUAGUGGGCAUGAGAAACUAUCCGAGAACAAUCGGAGCUUGAGAAGGCUGAUUGAAAGCAGGCUCCCUUAUCUCAAUCCAAUAAACAUGUUGCAAAUUGAGAUUCUUAAGAGGUUGAGACGCGAUGAUGAUAACAACGAACUAAGGGACGCAUUGCUCAUCACUAUAAAUGGCAUUGCUGCUGGGAUGAGGAAUACUGGUUAAGCCUUGCCAUUCACAACUAAGCCCACUCUCAAUCUAUCUCUUGUUAUGUUGGUACAUGUAAUGAGUUCAAGUUAUUAAGUGUUUGUGAAAGAAUAUUUACACUCUGGGUUUCUUAAUCACUGUAAAAAUGAAAGCUUUGAGGCCUUUCAAUUUAAAGUUAUUGAACGUAGUGUGAAAUGGAAGUUGCUUUGUUUCAGUGCACAACAGAAGGAAAGAGUAUUAUCAUGCAUGAGAUCCCAUAACAUUAUUACUGCCUUGCUGGCGCUGCCCGCUAAUUGCC